AUCUUCAUUUCAUUCCCUCCUUAUUCCAUUUCAUCAUACCAAAAAGCCCCUAAGUAGUAUUCCAUUUAAUUUUAAUCCAAAAAGGCCAUUUUUAAAUUUAACAAAAAGAAUCAAAUAUUGAAUGUUGAAUUUAUAUUUUCCAUGGUGACUCAGGACUCGAGAACUGGAGAGAAACACAAGGUUAAAACUUCAAUAAAUUAAAAAGCAAGGAACAAACAAGCCCUAGGGAAUCUCAUUACUGCAAAAUAGUGAGGAGGAGGGAAAAAGGGUAUUUUCCCAUUUCAAUAAUUUUGUGCAGUAAUUAUUGCCUUCUAAUCCAUUAUUUAUGCUAGGAUGAGCAGAGAUGCUCGUUAAAGAAAGGCUAUUAAGAUCUGCAGAUCUGCAUUUGUAGACGAGAUUGAAUCAUAUCGUCGAUGUGUAUCAGUUGUUUGUAUUGAGCUAUGAUGUCAGUUGAGCUUCGUGACGGCGGCGGGAUUGAUCCCCGGCCGAGCAACUUGCAUUUGAAGAAGGAGCUGACGCAAAUCAGAAAGGCGGCGAGGGUGCUACGAGACCCCGGAACCUCCUCAUCUUGGCGGUCGCCGCCGCUUGGUUCUGUAAGAUCUCUCACCUACAAGAAUGGUAAUGCCGUUGCUUCUUCCUCUUCACACAUUUUGCAGCCACGAUUGCUUGUAGGAAGUAGCGAUAGCUAUAUUAAUAACAAUAAUAGUAAUAGUAAUGCUAGUGGUGGAGGCAUUUCGAGAGCGGAAGAGGGUAGGAGGAAGGUGUAUUUAUAUAAUUGGAGAAAUCAGAAAUCUGAGAGUGAGAGGAGUAGGCAGAUUGAUGGUGAGAGUGGUAAGGAUGAGGGGUCCUCCUCUACUCGAGAAGGGAGUCUUGAGUCGGAUAGCUUGAAUGUUGGUGGGAAUGAUUCGAAAAGUGAUGGUUAUUUGAGUGAUAGGUAUGGUUCUUUGAUGUCUAAAUGUAAAGAUUCUAACUUUACAUCAUCUAUUAGGCGUACUAUUAAGAAGAAAACGAAGAGGAGUAAUUAUUCUAGUGCUAGUUCUAGACAUCAGAAGGAGGAGUUGCAAAUGAGGAUGAUAUUGAGUAGAUAUGCUGAGAAUGUAGCAGAAUGCUCCCCCGGUGCGAGAAUAAGGAGGGACGAUUUGGCAACUUUGGCAGAUCAGUUUGAUGAUAAUGGCGAUUAUUGCAAUUCCGAGGAUUUAGGUAGAGAUUCUGCAAUAUCACCUUUGAUUUCUAGGAUCAAGAAUAAGGGUUGGUCUUAUUCACCCACAAAGCUGUUGAGGACGCAUAGGAAGGAGGAUGAUUCUGUUUCGUAUAGCACACCAGCAUUGUCAACAGGCUCUUAUAAUAGAUAUGCCAUUAGGAAUCCAAGUACUGUCGAGUCAUGGGAUGCCACCACUGGGUCAUUGAAUGGUGCUGAUGACGAGGUGGACCAGUUGGAUUUGCCUGGACGUCAGGGCUGUGGAAUUCCUUGUUACUGGUCUAGAAGGUCGACACCAAAGUCUAGAUAUGGGAGUUCUUGUUCUCCUUCUCUUUCUGAUGCUCUAAGAAGAAAAGGAAACAUCUUGUUUUGUGGAAGUCAGACCCCGUCCCAUGGAAGACAUAAUCGCUUAUCUUUGGCUUCCAGCAAGAGGAGACUCAGCUCCAAGACAGCAGGUCAAAGCCUCGUUCCUCUCCUUGACAAUGGUGCUGAUGGCAUUGGAAGAUUGUCCAUGAGAAGCGGGAAUAGUGAUGAUGAGCUCUCAACCAAUUUCGCGGAGCUUGAUUUAGAAGCCUUGAGCCGGUUGGAUGGUAGGAGGUGGUCUUCAAGUUGUAGAAGUCUGGAAGGGCUUGAGUUAGUAGCUUUGAAUGAGGAAGAGCAUGAAGAAGGUUCUCCUGAGAAUGUCAGAAGCCUGAGCCACAAAUAUAGGCCAAUGUUUUUUGACGAAAUAAUUGGCCAAAAUAUAGUUAUUCAGUCUCUUAUGAGUGCGGUUUCUAGAGGGAGGAUUGCUCCUGUUUAUCUAUUCCAAGGUGCUCGUGGAAUUGGAAAAACUUCAGCGGCUAGAAUCUUUGGUGCUGCUUUGAAUUGCAUUGCCACUGAAGAGAGUAAACCCUGUGGGAUCUGCAGGGAAUGUGCUGAUUUCCUGUCUGGAAAGAGCAGGUAUCUUGAAGAAGUUAAUGGCUCCAAUAAGAAGGGAAUCGACCAACUGAAAAAUCUGUUAAGAAAUAUAUUGGCAGUUCAUCCCUCGGCACUUCAACAUUACAAGAUUUUUGUCAUUGACCAAUGCCAUUUACUGCCCUCAAGAACAUGGCUGGCAUUUCUUCGACUUCUUGAUAAACCUUUGCCACGCAUUGUUUUUGUCCUCAUUACAACUGAUAUUGAGAAUGUACCUCGCACCAUAUUGACUCGGUGUCAGAAGCACAUUUUCAACAAGAUUAGCAAUGGUGAUAUUGUUACUCGCCUAAAGAAGCUUUCAACUAAUGAGAAUUUAGAUGUUGAUCCAAAUGCACUGGAGUUGAUUGCUUCAAAUGCAGAUGGUUCACUACGAGAUGCAGAAACAAUGUUGGACCAGUUGAGUUUGUUUGGGAAACGAAUCACUAAGUCCCUGGUGAAUGAACUUAUGGGGGUUGUCUCUGAGGAUAAAUUACUGGAGCUUCUGGAGUUAGCAAUGUCAUCAAAUGCUACAGAGACAGUUAGAAGAGCCAGGGAAAUGAUGGAUUCGGGUGUUGAUUCAUUAGUACUAAUUUCUCAAUUGGUGACACUUAUUGUGGAUAUUAUUGCUGGGACUUAUUCGAAUGCUGAUGCAAAGCACAACUUUCCAUUCUUUGGUGGGGGAACUUCCAAUGCUCCCUGGUUGCAUGCUGGAUCCUCUGACUCAAUUAAUGAAAAUACGAUGACUGAAAGAGAAUUGGACAGACUGAAGCAUGCAUUAACGCUACUGUCUGAGGCAGAAAAGCAUCUCAGAGUAUCAACUGAACGAUCAACCUGGUUUACGGCAACCCUAUUACGAUUAGGUUCUCUGUCUUCUCCUGAUCGAACUCAGUCUACCAGUAGUCGACGACAGAGUUCAAAGGCAACUGACGAGGAGCACAUGAGUAUUUAUAGAGAAGCUACAGUCCCUAAGCAGAACUCAGAUGCACAAUUUGCACCUGAGAAAUCAGGUUCUCCAUCAUCAUUUUUGGUUGCUGCUCAGUGCAAUCCAAUGAGCAACGAAAAACCAGUCAGACUAAUUGACAAACCCAAUCAAGACCAAUUCAGUAAUAGUGAUAAUCAGACUGACUCAAAUGGUGACUGUGCAACUGGUAAAAUGACAAUGACAUGCAUGGAUUCAAAGAUGUUGAAUAAUAUCUGGCUCCAGUGUAUUGAGAAGUGCCAUUCUAAGACAUUGAAGCUGCUACUUCAUUCUUAUGGAAAGCUUGUUGGUUUGUCUGAAAUGAAAGGUGGUUUUAUUGCACACGUUGCGUUUGAUGAUAGUAAUAUCAAGACCCGAGCAGAAGGUUUUCUUAGCAGUAUCACCAAUGUAUUUGAAGUAGUUUUACGAAGCAACGUGGAGGUUAAAAUAAGUGUAGUGCACAGAGUCAGACCCUCCGUUGCAGAUGUAAGUACUUCAGAAAAUGGCAAGUCAGAUCUUCCCUUGCGUAGAAUUGAGUCCAUCAUCCAUGAGCAAAGAUUGGAAACUGCAUGGCUGCAGGCAAUGGACAGAGGAGCCACUGGAUCGAGCCAUUUGAAACCAGAAAGGAAUCAAGUGCUGCCACAGGAUGGCAUUGAUCAUCCAAGUGAGUUGAAAUCAAAGGAUUCUCUGGAUAGGCCCUUGCAGCAAUGGGAAGAUGAGUUACAUCACGAGAUUAAAGUACUGAAAAUUAACGAUGGAAUGUCACAUCAGAAGGAUCAGACAGUUAAGAAGAUUGGUCAUUACCCCAUAUCUCCGAGCUUGCUGCAUAAUUCUAGCUUCCCAGCUAAUAUGGGAUAUGAAUCUAGCACGGGCGCUGGUGGUUGCAGCGCCUUGUUCUGUUGGAAUAACCGCAAACCUCAAGGAAGGAGAAAGAGCACUCCUUCACGCCCACCCAAAGGUGGGCGAUUUUCUUUAUUCGGAGAGUGUGCGAAAUCGAGGAGGCCAGAAAACAACAGAUCGAGUAGAUGAUGAUGAUCAGCCAUUCCAUUGCCAUUGAUUUUGUAUUUAUAGAGGCUCAACUGAGUCAUUGAUUUUCGAAUAUGUCAACAUCGGUAACGGAAAUGAAUGUUGUCAAGUUAAUUAUUGUGACUCAUCAUUUACUCAAUUCACCAAUGGUAUUAAUAAAAAUUACAGACGUUUUUGUUGUGCUA